AUGAUGUCAUCGAACCUUCCAUCGACCCCUCCUGCAAUACUCGCUAUUUACUUUCCGCUUCCCAUUUUCAGCUUCCAAUACACCAUCUCGCCCCUGGGGAUUACGAUCAUGUUUGGCAAUAGACGGACUGCGAAAAAACCCAAAGAGGGUUUAAUCAAUCAAUUCCAAGCGACGUUUUCUGACGUCGUCCGUCCCACUAAAAAACACAAUUCUUCUGGAUCUGCGGUCAAUGGCGACCUGAACCACACCGCCCAGAUCACCCCUAGCCUCCGAUUCACGCCAUUUCUAGAUGACCACUGUCUUCCGUCACCAAGAACGCCGGCCUACCCCAAUCAGAACUUCGGUGACUUGAAUACAAUUUAUCAUGGCCAGGCCGGAGAUCUACAUACCCCAUCUCUUGGGACAAGUCUUUUAACGCCCAAAACGCUCCUCGAACAAUUUGCAGUCACGCCUCUGCCUAGGAACACGGGUGGAAUUGCUUAUGACAACUUAGAUCCUUUGUUCUUUGCGAGAGAGCCCCAAAACACACACUGGAGUAACCCAAGCGCGGCAUACCCGCCCAGCGCCUUUGUUCACUCCAAUUUAGCCGAUGGAUUUCUCGAUGAACCCGGCGAACAACUGCUUUCAAGUGAUAUGGGUAAUCAGGAACAAUGGGACCCCCAGCAACCCAUUUCUCCACAAAAAAGCGGUAUGAAGACCGAAAGGUCUCCUAGCCACGGUCAGACCGAUCUCAGGUACCAGGUGACGCUGAACACACCGACGGCGAUGAUUCACGAUCCAAAUGAUACCCCAGUGACCUACCUCAAUAAAGGGCACACUUAUACUUUAUCGGUAGUUGAUUCAACCCCUCCCUUGACCAAUGGAUUGGUCCAGUAUCGUACCUCAGUCCGCAUAUCCUUCGAAGAGCCGGAGCAUAUAUCGAAUCCUGCUGCUUGUUGGAGCCUAUGGAAGGGGUCACGGGGCCAUGUGGGGACUCAUGAAGGUGGAAAUAUGCAUGCAGUAGAAAUGGUUGAUUUAGUGCGAGGAAAUGAAGAUCCAAGCUACCCAGUUCAUCUAGAAAGAACAUCACUAGAUGGCUUCUGUGUUACUUGGUGUGCAAAUCCCACCACGGGAAGAUCAAGCUGCAAAAUAGGGAUCCGGUUUAAUUUCCUCUCAACGGAUUUCAGUCAUUCGAAGGGUGUGAAGGGCGCCCCUCUCAGACUGUGUGCGAAGACCGAGACGGCCCUUCCCGGUACCGCUGAAUCGAGCUUUUGCCAUGUGAAGCUAUUCCGCGACCAUGGGGCUGAGCGGAAAAUGUUCAACGACGUUUCCCAGCUGAAACGGGCCAUUGAAAAACGCAAGCAAGACUUUCUCAAAGCUGAAAGUGGGGACAGCCUCGGAAAGCGAAAACGUGGGAGUCGUUCGGUCUAUACCAACGACCAGAUUCCCGAAAAGGAGCGAAAAGCCGAAUUGCAACGCCGAAUGGAUGCGGAAUUGGCAUCAAUGCAAAACAUAUUCUAUUCCAACCGACCUGUGACCACCCUUUGCCUUCCAGGUGAGCAGAAGGAUGAUCCAGAUCUUUUCCCAGUCUAUAUAGAAGACCAAACUCGAGGAACAGCGAAGAGCCAACCGCACUUGCAAAUUGUGACUCCGCCAUCCACAUCAAUCGGCACGUCCAGCAACACGUCGCAAAGCUCGGUCGAUCCCCAGCUACCCGGGACGCAACGUGAUACAGAAAGUCGAGAGCGAAAUGAGCGCAGUGGUCCUUCAAUGCAAUAUACCAGCAGUGUUGGCAGCGAUGAUCACUCGGACGUUAUAACAACAGCACACACAAGUCCCGCGGUGCCCCUGAUAUCUACCGAGGAUGCCGAAUUAGUGGAGACUGGAUCAAAGUCUAAUGCACCUGGUAAGCUGUUCUCUCAGCCAGAUCAAGAAAUCAUGCAUACUCAUAUCUGUGCAGCGAAAUGUUUUUACAUCCGCUUUCACCAGAGCGGUGUCCAGAAGGAUGACUAUCACACUGCGGUAUAUUUGACCGAGCCGACUGUGAAUGAACUGGUAGAGAAGAUCUCCCGGAAGCAAAACAUCAAUCGGGACCGUAAAGUCCACCUGAUUCACCUCAAACCAAACGGCAUGAAAGUAAUGAUUGAUGAUGAUGUUGUCGAGCGAAUUCCAAAUGGUCAGGACAUGACCGCUGAAGUGUCUGAGCUGGAGGAGUCAAACGAUACAGCUAGCAAUCGUAACUCAAUGCCUGCCAUUGAGGUUCGAUUUUCGUUUUAG